CCUCUUCCCUUCCCCCACAAACCCCUCUCCCUCUCUCUGCCGCCGAGGGGAGGAGCUAGCGUGCUGGGCGGCUGGCCGCUGCUGAGACCUUAGCCCGCGGCGGCGGCGGUGGAUAUGGAUGUGCCGCGGAGGGAGCGGAGGCACCACCACCACCACCGGAAGGCGGCGGCUGUUCAGGCUCCGGUUGCUGCUGCGGCCGCCGCUGUGGGUGUGGGAGGGAAUGGGGUGGCGGCGGCGGCGGCGAGGGCUGCGUACGGGGACGUGUUCGGGGGCCCGCCGCGGUUCGCCGCGCCGUUCGGGGGCGCGCCGGCGGACUACGCCGAGGUGUUCGGGGGCGUGGCCGCCACCUGCUCCAUCCCGUUCCUCGACCUGCCCCCCGUGGCCGCCGACUAUGGCUUCUUCGGCCGCGCCGGUGCCGGGGACUACGGGGAGAUCUUCGGCCGCUUCGACUUCGGGGACUUCGCGGUGCCGUACGAGGAGCUGUUCGGCGAGGCGGAGGCGGUGGGGGAGAGGGAAGCGGAGGAGAUUGCCUCGUCGAGCGGGAGCUCCAGUUCAUCGGUGAAAAAUGAAUAUAGCCAACCGGAUGUGCAGUCAUUUACGCUUCCUCAACAUUUCAAGGAGCCUGAGCCUUCUGUAAUUUCCUUACCUCCAGACAAUCAGCGGUUUGUUAUGUCAUAUAACAAGACUUCCCAGAGAUCUGAUGAUCUAGUUGAGAUGACUACCUGCAUGGUCGAUCCUUCACUGGAUUAUGUGGUUGAUUCUGGUGAAUUGCCUCAAGUCCCAGCAACUGAUCAUGUUUCAAGGAUGGAUGAUGGUAUAGAAGCUAACGGAGAAAAAAGUAAGAAGUCCACCCCAAGUUCUGCAAGUGUCAGUCUAAGUCUAAGGAGCUCUGAGAGUGAUUUCACAGCUGAUCAGAAGCAGCACAUUCCAGCAUGUCCACCUAUUUCUGAAAAUGUUUCUGUAAAUGAGAAUCACCAGAACUCCAAUAGUAUUUCAACACCCAGUAAUGAAACACCUUCUCCUGAUUAUGCCUUUCUAAGGAUAUCUGAUGCCAAUGUGCAAACACAGACAGUCAAAGCGCCACCUCCUUUGAAACAACAAUCUAAAUUGCUUAAGAAGAGAGAGAUUGCAGCAAAAGGAGAUGUCUAUCUUGAAAAUCCGAGCUGCACUCCAGCCUCUUGUGCCCGUACCCCUUCAAGCACCAGCGCACCUCAGGCUGAAAGAAGAGAUGAUACCGAUUCGUUCAAUACUGAGGCCAACCCCAGUUCUGCUGCAGCUGCUAUGAAGGAGGCAAUGGAGUAUGCAGAAGCUAGGUUAAGAGCUGCAAAAGAACUGUUGGAGAGAAAAGGGGACAGUUUUAAACUUCGUAGGAAACCAAGCCAUCAUAGAAGCACAAGAUCUACAGAAAUCAAGGUUCCUACAGAGUCAGACAUAUUCGAUGAAAAGCUUGCAGUGAAGAAGUUAGCAAAAGAGGAAAUUAACUCCGAGGAUUCAUUGUUGGACAAGAACCAAAAAGUGGACAAGAACCAAAAGGCUAGUGAAGUUAUAAUAGAUCAUUGUGAUGAGAGUGGAAAAUGGGCGCUUUCGCUGGAUAAACCUCAGAAUUUCACACAAAGCAACACCGUGCCCAAUCAAACUUCCAGUAAAUUAGGGAAGUUAGGCAACUGGACAUCAGGUGAUGAAUUUUACGAGCUGACUGGAGAAGAUCAGAAACAGAAAAUGGAUACAGCCAUAGAGGAGGAAGAUAAGUGUGAGACAACAAAUUUUGUCACCAACCUCAGCAAGGAACAAAAGCACGAAGUUAUCACAACAGACUCUGACUUGGAAAGGUAUGAAAAACUGUGGGAGGUUAAUGAUGGCAGGGAUGUAGGAGUGAAGCAUGUAAAUCCAAGAGAAGAUAAUACAUCUCCAACAGAGCAAUAUGUGGUGUCUACAACUCUUGAAGCUUCUACAGAAAAUGUAGGCUAUGACAAGAAUUGUAACUCUUCCGAGGGACCUGCAAUUGUGGGAAAUUCUAAAGAAGACCCUGAUGAUGAGGAUGGGGUUGCUGAGCUUCCUUGUAAGAGUGGGAUCUCUAUUUCAGGGCUGAACUUGAUGAAGGACAUGCCCAGUUCAUUCUCAGAGGCUUCUUCAUCUGGAAAGCAUGCCACUGAUUUUGAUAACAGCAUUACGAAGGAAAGUUCAGUAGCUGGAACAUCACAGGAACCUAAAUGCACUAAUGAGGAACUUGAGGCAGCAUGCGAUGUUGAGAUGCAAUGCACUACAGGGGGUAGUGAAAAACUACAAGAGGCUCCAGAAGUCAUCAACAUUGAUAACUCACGGGCAAAACAAAUUAAAUCAUUGAUUCUAGAAGAUCUUGAAGGGUCUUAUGAAAGUCAGGCUUUCCCAAGGGACCUUGGUACUGCUGGGUCAGAAGCUGAAACUUAUGGGAGGAGCCUUGGUACCACUGGGCUGAAAGCUGAAACUUAUGGGAGGGAUAAGUUCAGUUUUAUUGAAGAAUCAUUUAUGGACAAUGCAAAUGGGAACAGGACUGAAUCACCCUUAGAAACUCCAAUCUCUGAAGUAGAGAAAGUUGAAACUGAAGAGAGAGUUGAUUCAUGCGCACAUUCUGAAGAGUCAAUUGUGGAUAGAGAUGCUGAGUGUCCUAAAGAGGAAAGUGAUAUUACUUCACAAAACAAUAAUCUGCCAGACUAUGAAGAAUCAUCCAUGCUGAAUGUAUUUGAGGUGGCCAGCAAAUUGAUUAAAAGAGACCUAGAUCAAGAAAAGCAAGAUACAUUACAACCUGAUCAAGAAAAGCAAGAAACUGGAAAAGGAGAGCCUGAUGCAAAAGAAAACCAUUCAGAAACUAGAGACAAGACAGGUAUUGAAGAAGUCUUGAGUCGCGGUAACCAGCAGGACCAGAAGGUGCCUGAAAUGGAGAAGACGAAAGGACAAAGUAAUGUAAAUGCACAAGGUAAUAUAACUGUUGUUGAGUUAGACGGCGUAACCUGUUAUGAAGAUGAAGAUGUUACCACUGCUGUGACCUCAAAUUCAAAAGACCAAGCAUCUUCAUCUUCAGAAAUGCGAACCGGCGGACAUCACAUGCCUCAAGAUGCUGAACCUGCUAUUUCUCAGGCAUGUAAUGGAAGUUUUCCUUGUCUUGAAAAGACUGAAAAAGUUUGCAAAGAAGCAGGGAGAGAAUUACCAAGAGAUAAGUCUUCAGCAUUUGAAGAAGAGAAAGCUAGGACAAACAAAGUGGAAGGAAAAUUCUCUAAAGGGAUAUCAAACGCUGAGUUGAAGCAGCAACAAUCUCAUUUGGAGAAGACUAGCAGUUUACCUAAAUCUGCAGAAGGUAAUAUCCCAUCUUCUGCUGAUAUAUCAAGAAAAGAGGCACCUGGGAUUCAAAGACCCAAAGAAAGGGGGAGUCUAAGAACAGAAAGGGAAAGAGAGAAGGACAAAGAGGCUUCUCGGAGACUGGAAGAAACAAAAGAAAGGGAAAAGAAAUUUGAGAAAGAAAGGGAAAUUGCUGAAGAGAGGGAAAGGAAAAAAUUAGAAGAACAGGAAAGGGAGAGGGAACGGGAAAAGGAUAGACUUGCUGUCGAAAGAGCUACAAGGGAAGCACAUGAAAGGGCGUUUGCUGAGGCUCGCGAAAGGGCAGAAAAAAUAGCAUUGGAAAGGGUGACUGCAGCAAGGCAACGAGCUUCUGCUGAGGCCCGAGAAAAAGAAGAGAGAGCAAGUGCUGAAGCAGCCACUGAAAGGGCUGCUAGGAUAAAAGCAGAACGUGCAGCAGUUGAGCGUGCAACCGCAGAAGCUCGGGAGAGGGCAAUUGAAAAGGCUAAGGCUGAAAAGGCUGCUGCAGAGGCAAGAGAACGGAGAGAGCGGUACAGAUCCUCUUUCAAUAAGUCAACCACUCUGGAUACUCGACAGGACACACAGUUUCAGAGAGCUACUUCUAGUAACUUAAUGAGAAACCAAGAUUCAUAUAGCAAAGGCCUCGAGGUUGAAUCAGCUUUAAGGCAUAAGGCAAGAUUAGAGAGGCAUCAACGCACAGCUGAGCGUGUGACAAAAGCACUUGCUGAGAAGAACAUGCGGGAUCUGCUGGCCCAAAGAGAGCAAGCAGAGAAACAUAGAAUGUCUGAGUUCCUAGACCCUGAGAUCAAGAGAUGGUCAAAUGGAAAGGAAGGAAAUCUGCGAGCCUUGUUAUCCACAUUGCAAUAUAUUCUUGGUGCUGACAGUGGUUGGCAGCCAGUACCACUUACAGAACUAAUUACAGCUGCUGCUGUGAAGAAAGCAUACAGGAAGGCAACCCUUUGUGUCCAUCCAGAUAAAUUACAGCAAAGGGGUGCUACAAUUAGGCAGAAAUACAUAUGUGAGAAGGUUUUUGAUCUUCUUAAGGAUGCCUGGAACAAAUUCACUUCAGAGGAGCGCUAGGAUGGAAGCUAAACGGCCGGUUUAUUAUUCGAGACAGGAAAUUUCGUUAGUAGUUAUAUAGCCAUAUUGUUAGUUUGUUGAUUCAAUAUUGGUGUAAAUAUGCAGUCCUAGGAUAUCAUAUGCUAGAUGACGAUGCUUUUCGCUCCUUGAAUCCAUUCAAUAGAAGAGCUUCAUGGUUGCUA